AUGGCUGCUAAGGUUUCUUCCAAUGCCACGUUUCAAACGAGGGAAAAGCCCCAGGAGGUUCGCAAGGCCAACAUCAUUGCUGCUCGCGCUGUUGCUGAUGCCAUUCGUACCUCUUUAGGUCCUAAAGGUAUGGAUAAAAUGAUCAAGACUUCUCGUGGUGAAGUUAUUAUUUCCAAUGAUGGUCACACUAUUUUGAAACAAAUGGCGAUUUUACAUCCUGUGGCUAAGAUGCUUGUGGAAGUAUCAGCUGCGCAAGACGCCGAGGCUGGUGACGGUACCACUUCGGUGGUUAUUUUAACAGGAGCUCUUCUUGGAGCGGCUGAAAGAUUACUGAAUAAGGGCAUUCAUCCAACGAUAAUUGCAGAGUCGUUCCAGAGGGCUGCAAAGAGGUCGGUGGACAUUCUUCUGGAGAUGUCACACAAGGUUUCACUCAAGGAUAAGGAUGAUUUAGUGAGAGCGGCCUCGACGUCUCUCAGCUCGAAGAUUGUUUCUCAUUUUUCCAGUUUUUUGGCUCCGCUGGCUGUAGACGCAGUGUUGAGUAUCUCCAGUGAAGCGUCGAAAACGGUGGACCUAACUGAUAUCCGUUUGAUUAAAAAGGUUGGCGGUACCAUUGCAGACACAGCGAUGGUUGAUGGUGUCGUGUUGACGCAGAACGUGGUCAAGACCGCAGGAGGACCGAUUAGGAUGGAAAAGGCAAGGGUAGGGCUCAUUCAGUUCCAGAUCUCUCCACCGAAGCCAGACACUGAAAAUAACAUUGUUGUUAGCGAUUACAGACAGAUGGAUAAGAUUUUGAAGGAAGAAAGAGCGUACCUGUUGAACAUCUGUAAGAAGAUAAAAAAGAGCAAAUGUAACGUUUUGUUGAUUCAAAAAUCCAUCCUUAGAGACGCCGUGAACGAGUUAGCCCUUCACUUUUUGUCUAAACUGAACAUCAUGGUCAUUAAGGAUAUCGAAAGGGAGGAAGUAGAAUUCUUGUCCAAGAGUUUGGGUUGCAAGCCAAUCUCAGACAUUGAACUAUUUACAGAGGACAGGCUAGGUUCCGCUGACCUAGUUGAGGAAAUCGAGAGCGACGGUUCUAAGAUUGUUCAACUAACUGGUGUCAAGAAUGACAAGGCUAAGCCCACCGUCUCCGUUAUCAUUCGUGGUGCAAAUCAAAUGAUUCUAGACGAAACUGAGCGUUCAUUACACGAUGCGCUUUGUGUCAUUCGCUGUUUAGUUAAGCAGAGAGGAUUGAUUGCUGGUGGUGGUGCCCCAGAAAUAGAAAUUUCCCGUAGAUUGACUAAGGAAUCGCGUUCCAUGGAAGGCGUUGAGGCCUUUAUCUGGCAGGAGUUCGCCCAAGCCUUAGAAGUUAUUCCCACCACUUUAGCUGAGAAUGCUGGUCUCAACAGCAUAAAAGUGGUCACUGAGCUACGCUCCAGACAUGAGGGAGGAGAGCUAAAUGAGGGAAUAUCGGUGAGGCGCUCCGGUACCGCAAACACAUACGAUGAACAUAUUCUACAGCCGGUGCUGGUUAGCACCAGCGCUAUAACCCUUGCAUCUGAAUGUGUCAAAUCGAUACUACGUAUUGAUGAUAUAUGCUUCAGUCGUUAA